GAGAUUUUCUCCUCCGUUUCUCCCGCAGUCUCGAUUUCUUCCGCCAUUCUCGACGGCCUCGCUUCCACGAGCUUCGCCGAACGUAACUCCGGCCAAGCUUCAGUCGCAAAUACCGUCGGACGGCGCAACCACACCGCCGCCUCCUCCGCCGCUAACGGAGCCGGAGCUCACGUGACUCCGCCGUACCUCAGAGAGAGAACCGCCGCCACCGCAGCAUCUCUCCUCCCGCUCUCCUCCCUCCGCCGCCGGCGCACCGCCUCUGUCCCUCGCCGGAGAGAUCCCCGCGUGCGCAAUCGACGGACGGAAGAGCCCCGCCGCUCCCCGCUGCUCAAUUUCACCAUCCCACCUCACACUCGCUGCUCCGCACAGCAUUUCCUCAGGCUCCUACCCAAAUUUCGCCUCUUGGUUGUUUACCCGGAACCCGCCGUUCGACGCCGACCAUCGCCUGUGAUGAUCCGUUCUGCACAGCAGCACGUGGAAAUGAUGUUUAUUGGAUUGUCAAGACCGAAAAGAAUCCAAGAAGGAACUAGCACCUGAGAUUAAUAGGAGUUGUCAUCUAGAUGAAGGAUGUUGCUCUGGUUACUGGGAAGGACUGGAGAGUCUAAUCUCUUCUUUAGCUGCCGGCUAGGUUUUAGGUAUCAACAAAAGUGUAGCCUGGUGAAUGUGAAAUUGAAGUGGGCAAAAGAUUGGGAGCUUGACACGGUUGUUUCAGGGGAGAGGGAUCUCAAAGCAGUGAACUUCCUUAUAUCUCUUAUUGCCUCUGCUCCACGGAGUUGCCUCCCUGUAUACCACCUCUCUCGUUCUCGUGGACAACUUGGCCUUCCCCAUGAUCUCAAGCUCUCUACAUUUAUCAGGAGAUACCCAAAUAUUUUUCACGAGUUUUAUACUCCUGACAGUGGAGGGACUCCUGUUCCGUGGUUUCAGUUGACACCCAAAGCCCGUGGACUCCAGCAGGAGGAACUCAAUGUUUUGCAACAGAACCAUACGGAUAUCCAGAACAGGCUUUGCAAAUUGCUUAUGCUCACUAGAGAUAGGAUCCUUCCUUUGCAAACUAUUGACCAGUUGAAAUGGGAUCUUGGAUUGCCCUAUAAUUAUCAAGAAUUACUGAUUUUAAAGAGUCCAGAAUUGUUCUCUUUAAUUAGGCUCCCUGAUGAUCGAACUGGUGUGAAACUUCUAUUGUGGGACGAUCACCUAGCUGUAUCUGAAUUGCAGAAGAAUGCAGCUUUACUGCAGAAGGAAGAAGAUUUAAAAGAUGGCAUCCUAUCUUUUCCAGUUCGGUUCACAAGAGGCUUUGGGUUAAAGAAAAAAUGCAUGAGGUGGCUAGAAGAAUGGCAGAGCCUUCCUUAUACUUCUCCUUACUCGGAUUCAUCCCACUUGGAUCCUCGUACCGACGUAUCUGAGAAAAGGAUUGUUGGAGUCUUCCAUGAGCUUCUACACCUCACUGUCAAGAAGAAAACAGAGCGGAAUAACGUAAGUAAUCUUCGCAAGCCAUUAAGUUUGCCCCAAAAGUUCACGAAGGUUUUCGAGCGCCACCCAGGAAUCUUCUACAUUUCAAAGAAGUCUGAUACUCAGAAUGUGAUCCUUAGGGAGGCUUUUGAGGGAAAGCGUCUCUUGUACGAACACCCCAUUGUACAAUUCCGGGAAAAAUUGACAAGCAUGAUGAGUGAAGGUUUUCUAGACAGAAGCAGGGGGAAUUACAAAAGUUCUGUGGCUGGUGAUCUGGCAGAAGAUGCUGGCGCAGCAAUCAGUGAUGAUCAACAAACUUCUGAACAAGAGACAGAUGCGUUUAUGUUUUCAGAUUAUGAUUCAGAUGGGACUUUGGAUGAUCCUUGUUGGAAAAAAAAAGGAAAAUCCUCCCAGUGCUGAAGUGGCGUUUGAGGUCAAGGGAAGCAGCAAUAUUGGGGGUGAGACAGAUGAGUUCUGCACUGUACAGAUCUCACUUCUUGGUGACUGCUGAUCUAAGGACAUCCUAUGUCAAUUUGCUGUGAGUUUUUUCCUCGGCAUGUCUAUUUCUGAACGCCAUUAUUUGUUAUUUAAGUUUUACUAGCUGUACAUUUGAUCUUCAGGUGAGAAGGGCCUGAAUACUGGCAACUUCCGGGAGCCUGAGGAAUCGGGAGGCAACCUUCUCGCAAGGUCUUGGCGAUUACAUUAAUUUGCCAAAGCAUAUAAGCAUCUGAAUGGGGAUCCAUGAAUGUAAGCCGAGAUUUCAAUGAAUCUGCUCGAAUCAUCCUGGACAUUCAAAUUAUGUCAUCUGGUUUAGCAUGAACAGCAGCCAAACGCAACUGAGCACGCUCUGGUUUCACACUGCUGCAAUUCAAAUCCAUUUUGAGUUUGCUUUAGAAUAGCAGCAGCUGUUUUCAUUUCGAGGCAGUCACAAUGAUAAUUUCGGCAAUGUCGUGCCGCCUUUUGCUGUAUGCACAUUUGUGGUUCCUAACGAGUUCGUUAAUCGGACCGACUUUGAUGUUCUGUUCUAUUGUGAGAAGGCAGUGCUAAUAUUAGUUGGGCUGUAGUGAUGUGCUCAU